AUGGCCUCCACUCUACGCCAUAACCCCUGGCGAGCCUGCCAAUCUUUCACCCGGCAACAAUUUCGCACCGCACGCCUAACCACCCGACACCUCUCAACCACCUCCAUCCGCCAAAAUGCAACCAAGAACCCGCUCCGCCGUGCAUCCGCUGCAGCAGACCUGCAGCACGCCUCUAAUGCUCAGCGAAAAAUGCUUCUCUCCGCCGCAGGCAUAAUCACCUGCGCAGCCGGUCUCUACGGCACAAUCAAGCUGGACCUCUUCGGCCUCGAAGAAAUCGAAAGCAAAAAGCAAAGCUCCCCCUCAUCCAGCAGCAGCAGCCUCCAAAUGGACGGACCCCCAGGCUUCACCAACGGCGGCCCCUCGGUAAUCACCAUCCAAGGCCAAGACGGCCUCGAACAAGUCCCAACAGGAACAAGCACCAUCCCCUACUUCCCCAGCACAAUCCGCCUCCCCUCCCCGACCCAAACAGAAGGCAAACAAGAAGGCGACGAGCUCUCCCCCUCCGCAGGCGAAGAAUACCAGCUCCUAGGCCUGGGAAUCCGCACCGUCUCCUUCCUCUCAAUCCAAGUCUACGUGGUCGGUCUAUACGUCGCCAAAAACGACAUCACAGAGCUGCAAGCCCGCCUAAUCCGUACAGCCAUCCACCCGCCCUCCACUGACUCCGACGCCGCCGCCCCCGUCACCGGCGCCGGCGCAGAAUCCGCUACCUCCCUCGUCCCCCCAGAGCGCCAGCAGCUCAAGGAGCUCCUCCUUGACGCUGACCGCGGCGACGCUGCCUGGUCCGCUAUCCUGCAAGAUGGCGGCGUGCGGACCGCUUUCCGUAUCGUCCCGACCCGCAACACGGAUUUCAUGCAUUUGCGCGACGGGUGGGUGCGCGGCAUUACGGCGCGCGCGAAGGCUAGCGCGGGCGAGUUCGGCGAUGAGGCCUUCGGGUCCUCGAUGAAUGAUUUCAAGGCUGUGUUUGGUGCCGGGAAGGGGAAGACUGUGCCGAAGGGCCAGACGCUCGUUCUUAUGCGGGAUCAGCGCGGAGCGCUCGAUGCGCUGUUCCAGCCUGGGGAUGAUAAGGCUGUUAGGUGGAUGGGACGGGUGGAGGAUGAGAGGGUUAGUAGGCUUGUUUGGUUGAAUUAUCUGGCUGGGAAGACGGUUUCGAGUGAAGGAGCUCGGGCGAGCGUUGUUGAUGGGUUGAUGAGGAUUGUUGAGAGACCGCUUGGUACCAUUGUGCAAAAGGUCAUCUGA